ACGGUGUGAUGGAUGUCGGCGUCGUGGUCUUGGGGGAUGGAUAAUGAACAACCCCACCAGGAGUUGGUUAAGUGUGUGGUGGUGGGUGACACGGCCGUAGGCAAGACACGGCUGAUAUGCGCGCGCGCUUGCAACAAACAGGUGUCGCUGGCACAACUGCUGGCGACCCACGUGCCGACUGUAUGGGCUAUCGACCAGUAUCGCAUCUACAAGGACGUGCUGGAACGCUCCUGGGAGGUGGUGGACAGCGUCAACGUCAGCCUAAGAUUGUGGGACACCUUCGGCGACCACGAAAAAGACCGGAGGUUCGCCUAUGGACGCUCAGAUGUGGUGCUGCUAUGCUUCAGCAUCAACAACCCGGUGUCCCUGCGCAACUGCCGGCUCAUGUGGUUCCCGGAAAUCCGUCGUUUCUGUCCCAGCACGCCCGUCCUCCUGGUCGGAUGCAAGAACGACCUGCGGUACAUGUACCGCGACGAGGCCUACCUCAGCUACUUUCGCGACCGCAGCCCCUUCGUGCGCGCUACCCGGAAGAGCGACCUGGUGAUGCCCGACGAGGCCAGGGACGUGGCCAGGGAGCUGGGGCUGUACUAUUACGAGACCUCAGUACUUACCUACUACGGAGUUAACGAAGUCUUCGAGAACGCCAUCCGGGCGGCCCUCAUCGCCAGGAGGGCGCAGCGCUUCUGGAUGACCAACCUCAAGAAGGUGCAGAGGCCGCUCUUGCAGGCGCCAUUCAAGCCACCACCGCCGUUAAAACCGGAAAUUCACAUAUCGUCUAGCUCGUACACAGAACACAUGCGCAGCUUGUGGUUAACUAGGGCCCACACUGACAUCGUGCUGGUGGUGGGAUCCAUGGGAUUCCCCGCUCACCGUUUUAUUUUGGCCGCGAGCAGCAGAGCUUUCUACAGGUUGUUGACGGCCGAUCUGAUGGCGCGGAGUACGAGCGACUCCAGCAUGGUGAGCUCUCUAGGUGACUUCGCCGACGAGACGGAGUGUCUGGUGCGCGCCGAGCAGAAGACGUGCAAGAGGAGAGCGAGUUGCCAGGCGCUGCCGACGGCCCGGGAACUUGACCAUCCGGCCUUCCAGUGCAUAAGGAACGUCCAACCCGAAGGACAAACGGUGGUGACGCUUAGCAAACUAGUGACUCCCGGUGCUAUGCAGCAGUGCUUGCAGUUCGCUUACACCGGGACAGUCGAUCGCAGUGCGCUUAACUUGCGAGAAACCUGUGAAGCUGCCGAAUUUCUAGAACUGCCUCAGCUAUUAGUACUGCUUACAAAGCACCCUUUCGUGGCUCCCGACCCCCCGGACGAAAAUUACGAAAACUUUCUGAAACGGAGAUUGCAGGAUAUCUGCUUGGACCAAGCACUUUUUGCGGACGUCAUAUUCGAACUCGACGACGGUGCAUGUGCAGCUCAUAAGUCGAUGCUGGUCGCAAGGUGCGACGUUAUGAAGGCCAUGUUUAGUGGAGACUUUCGAGAAAGUCAAGCUAAAGUGAUCGAAUUUCCGGGUGUAAGGGAAUACACAUUUCAUAAAUUAUUAUGUUUCUUAUACACUGAUGAAGUACCAGCAGUAUCUGCAGCCCGUUGCGUAAACCUGCUGGAACUGGCAAAUAGGCUGUGCUUACCCAGACUUGUCAAUUUGGUAGAAAGAAGAGUUAUUGAAGAUCUCGAGCGUUUACAGGCGUCAGAAGCCAUCGAGCAAUGUUUAAGACUACUAGAACCUGUUAAACUGCACAAUGGGCAUCAACUGGCAGAUUGGUGUAUGAAUCAUCUGAGCGUAAACUACAACAAACUGUGCAGGAUGUCCCCUAGGAGUUUGCGGUUGCUGCACCCCGACAACCAGGCAUAUCUAGUGGAACAUCGUUGGCCACCUGUGUGGUAUCUCAAGGACUACGAUUAUUACCAGAAAUGUCUGGCAGAACGCGACAAAGAACUAAAACCCGCGAUAAAAACGAGUUCGGGCUGUUUAUGCUUCUCUCGUAAGUCAGAGUCCGAUCCGGCACUGUCCUCCAGCCAACUCUGACCACUACUGUGACUAAUUUCAAAAUGCAUUUAUCCAUUUCAUGUCACUAUUCAUUAUUGUCUAACAUAUAUUUAGAAUAAGUGUAAGUUAUGCAAGUGCAAGUCCAAUUUUUGCUCGGUAUAUACCAAGCAGUUUAAGCAAGAUAUUCCAAAAAGAUUACAGGGUGCUCAAUUACUAAUCGGCCAAACGUCGCCAAUAGAUUCUAGAUAAAAAUUAAGUAGGGUAGUUCAAGUAAAACUUUCCUCAGAAAAAGUUUUUCUUUCGAGAUACUUGAAGAUGGACAAAUUAAAAUUAUUUUCAGAUAUAGGUAUUUCAGAAACUCGUUAUGCAAUUUUUUUUCUAAUUUGACGAGGCGAGAACUGAUGAAAACCUCUAUUAUCAGAUACAAUUUCAUGUGCAAACCAGUAGUGCGCUAACUUUCAAUUUUUUACUGCAGUUAUCAAUUAUUAACCACCAGUGCAUUUUCAGUCUAGUUAAACAUUUUUUUAUUAAAUAAAAAACAUUGAAAACUUGAAUAUCAUUUCACAUUUAUAAAAAAGACCCUAAAAAGAAAUUUAUGCAAAACUGGUUUCUUUGUAUUUACAUGAAUCUGUAGCAUCCACGUUAGUAAUCUUCAUGUCAAUAAAAAAUAUUUCUAAGCCUUUCCAAGAUAUAUGCCUAAAAAUAAUAGUUUCAAUGUUUUCAACACCCUGUCUCUCUGAAUCUCUGAAGUAUCUUUCGACAAAAUUUGAUUUGAACUCCAAUUUUUAUCACAGAAUCUAUUUGUGACGCUUGGCCAAUUAGAAGCUGAACAUCCUGCAUAAAUAAUUUUAAAAUUCCUCUUCCCAAGAUAGAGCGAAUUAAGAAAAAUUUUCUAGUUUGCAACAAAGAAUCCAUGAAUUCAAAACUUUUUGCACCAGAUUUUCCUUAUAAAUUUCUCUAUUCCUAAAUCCCAUUUAAGUCCUAGGUAGUUUGUAAAUUUAUUGAUUCAAAAACAUUCCAGGGAUUUGAUGUGUACCAUCACAACAUUUUGCAAGUAUUUAAUACUUAAGAAAAGGGAUAUUUUGCCUUUGAUGCUUGAUAUACUUGCACGAUUUAGAUUUUAAGGAUCUUUAUAGAAAAGCUAGACUGACCUGAUAAAAACUCUUUUUAAAACUAUUCUUAUAUACUGUUUAAAAACCAUGUUCCAUCAGUAUAUAUAAGGGUCAAUUUUUGCCAAUAUAGAUAUAAGCUAUAAGAUUAAUAUCUAAAACAUUAUAAGUUCACGUUUUUAUAUUUAAAUAUAGAAAAACAACUCAUAAGAACUCAUUAGAAACGGCUUACAUUUUCGCACUUCCUAUACAUAGAAUCGUCCACUAGGUACUGCUUUUUAUUAAAAUAUAAUUAAUAAUAAACUUGAAUUUUGAAAAGAUCUCAGAGAAUAGAACUAUUAACGUAGAUACUUUUAAUAUAAAAUUACUUUUUACUUUACGUCAAUUAAUUUGGUCAAGAGUUAAGAUAUUUGCUAAUAUUUUCCAUAUUAGUGACUUUAUUCGUGAAAUGACAAAAUAUUUUAAACAAAUUUUUCUAACAUUUUGGAGUAAGUUCUAUUAUGUAUGUAGUGACUUUUAAGGCAUGUUCUUUAAAAGUUCACAGUAAAUAAUAUGUAGAGUGAAGACAGAGGAAACGAAAGUACUAUUUGAGUAUUUCUUUAUAAAAAAUACACUACUCACACACAUAAUUAUAUUUUGCUUGUGUGCUGAUUACAAUAUAUAAGGGUCCGUCUAGUUAUUCAAAUUAAUUAUUCGGUCUUAUAAAAGAACUUUCAAUUCACAUGAAUAUUGAGAUUCAGUGUUUCACUGUUUAUUUAUUCGUUUAGGACCAACUUGUUGAUGGCAUACUAGGUGCUCCCUAUUUUACUUUGCAUAUUUUUUAUUUUGUAUUGUAAAUUUGUUUGUAAUAUAUAUAGAAAUAAUAAUUAGUGUGGGAUAUACUGUUUAAAAAUUAUAUAAGAGGGUAGAUGUAGAAUAGUUUAUAUGUAUCAAAGUACCAUGUUGAGUAUAACCUACAUUAAUAUGACCAAAAGUUUGCUUUGUUGUAUAUACCUACAUAUAAGUUUAACAAUAGGAGCCUUAGAUGAAUCCAAAUACCGAUUUAUUGAAUAUCAACUUGUCAAUUUAAUCUAUGGGAAUUGCAUUUUAUUUUGCUUCAUAGAGCCAAAUUUUUAGUUUUAUUUUUUAAUAGUUUCUUUUUUAACAAAUUUUACAUUCUGAUUAUAUAAAAAGAAAAAUUAAAAUUAUCUUGUUAAUAUUUACUUUCAUCACUUACCCCGAUGACAUACUAUCUAACUGCCACUUUUAGUAUUUAGUUGAAGAAAGGUUUAGAAAUCUGAUGCAUAUUUUGUUCUGAAAUAAGUUAAAAUUUAGACUAAUCUGAUUUUCGUAUCUUCGAAUUAGAUUAAAUAUUUUGUUAAUUAGACUUCUACUUUAUACAGAAUCAAAUGUAAAGCUUUAAAUUUGUUUAAAUUUAUUAUUUAUUUAAUAGUUCACAGGGAGAUAGAAACAUUCCAAAAUACUUUUACCUACUCAACAAUCAUGUAUGUGUGCAAUAAUUUGCUAUUCUAAUAAACAUUUGU